AUGAAUAGAUUAUUUGCAUAGAGUAUCACCGUACUUGUUGCUGUGUCGUCUAUAUACGUAUGAUUUAUCAUUCACGGAUCAGUGCCCGCUCUGGAUCGUCAUAGGGACACCCUGAGCGACCGCUGAUCUCCCUUGAAGAACGGUCUCCACUAGGUUUCCAAGUGAGGACUUACGGCGCGCAGCACAACCAUCUUACCUCAAGUUUUUUGGCCCUUUCUUCGGGCCAUCCUGUUUUCGUCGUACCUCUUCCUCUCCUUCUUGCUAAAACAUUUUGACUACCUCCAACAUGGAUUCCGACUGGCAGGACUACUUGCAUUGGUCGCUCAAGGGAUCCCAUGUCCUGUUCUCUGGAAUUUAUCUUGACUCGCUCGUGAAAUUUCUCGUGGGUUCGGUUUUGACUGUUGUUGUGUGCUUGACAGAGAGGUUGGUCACCUUUGCUUUAAAUGACGGAUGGUGUCCCGCCUGGGCUGGGAGUAUACGAUGGAGGCAUGCAUUUUGGAAAGCGUUGUUAUACGGCAUUGCGACACUUCUUCGCCUAGCGUACAUGUUGAUUGCCAUGUCGUUUCAUGUUGGACUGAUAUUGGUGACAGUCGGCACACUGUCCAUUGCACAAUUCUUCAUCGAGUACCAAAAUACCCCUAAGCAUCUAUCGCACGAAAAAGAUUCAUACUCGCUGGUGGAAGAGCCUCUGCUGUACAACAAUGCCCACGUUUCCCCCACGCCCACUCAUUCGCGUCCCCGUUCAAAAUCCAAGCCCGACCAUAUCUUUAUUCAUCCAAACCAAUCUAAUCUCGCGCGGGCAGAUGCCGCUGCUUUUGAACUGGGUUUGGGCGGCAACACAGACAGGAUGCGGGGAAACAUGUAUACCCAGGAGGCCGCCGCUUGGGAGAUAGGUAAAGGAAGGGAAGGUGCUAGAGCACUGAUGGGACAGCCUCGAACUCGAGGAGAGCCACAACGCCAGUCUUCCUUCCAUGUUGGCUCACCGUCAGACUCAGAAUCUGACAGUUCCUGACCAUCUUUUCCCUUAGCUAUUCUCGCUUUUUGUUCGUCGUGUCAAUUUCAUGUAUUCAAUGGUC